AAACGUUCUUCUUCUGCCAAAAGAGCCAAACAAAAUUUAUUUUGUUACGAUUACGAGCUUCGAUUCGAGUGCAUUCCUUCAUAGAAUUAUAAAUAUUGCAGUAAUUGUAUGUAUAAUAUAUAAUUGCAACCGAUGUCCGGUAAUUCCUUGCAAGCGAAUCAAGAAGCCGUUAAAGAAGAGCAACCCCCGCCCAAAAUACCGGAUUCCGUAAAGAAGAUAAUUGCAAUGGAAAAAGAACCAGAAACAAAUGCUAGUCGGAAAUCUCGCAUAGAUCUCAAUGCAUUACCAACAAGGCAGUACCUGGACCAGACUGUGGUUCCCAUUUUACUCCAGGGGCUCUCGGCGCUGGCUAAGGAGCGCCCACCAGAUCCUAUUAACUACCUGGCUGCGUACUUGCUGAAAAAUAAGACUACGUUUGAAAAUAACAAUGCGGCGUCAAAUAAUAAUCCUCCGGCAAAUGCUCAAACUUAAGCAUUAUUGUAAUAAAUAUAUGUUGUGACAACAUGAUUAGAGAAUUUCGUAUUUUUAUACUAUUUUAGUUGCUUGUGGCAUAAAUGAGCUACAGUUUGGUCUACUUGUUUUGUCUUAAUUCUAUUUGUGACCUAAGGGGUUUGAAAUAGUAAUAGUUAACAUGCAUGUAUCAUGUUGUUACUAUAUUACUAGUAAGUAUGGUUAGUGAUAAAUAGCAUUAUUCUUAUGUAAAUAAAUUUUUGAUCAUACAGAAUA